AUGGAGGAGGACAAAGUCCACAUUGGGCUAUAGCGCCAGGAUAAGUUUCAUAAACGUUGCUGCACUUUGGGAAGGAAUAGCGGGGCCGUAUGAAGUGCGUUUCAGUCACGUGAGUUAUUGCGAGAAGAAUGGGUCGGUUGAAGCUUUGCGGCCGAUGAAAGCAAACAAAUUCAAUCGAACACAUUUCGUGUACAGCGGUUUUGUGGACUCUGGUGUUGACGUGGAUGAUAGUGUCAAGGGACCAUAUGACCUCAACUUCCACCAUGUAUCUCAUUGUGAUAAGAGAGGUAAAAUAGAUGCUCUCAUCCCAAUGAAAGUGAGUAAAUUGAAUCGAACACAUUUUGUAUACAGUGGGCGUAUAGAUUUAGGAGCGGACGCAGAUGAUAACUUGAAGGUGAGAGUGGUAGCAGCAAACAAAGGAACAAAUGGGCGUUACAACAAUGUUAUCGAUAUUGAAAUGAAGGUCUGCGAAAUAGUUCAGAAAUUUGGCAUGAUAAUUAAGGAAAGUGUAUUUGAGCAUUGCAACAUUUCAGGAAAGUGUCCAUUAAAGAGAGUGACUUGUGAGAUGAAGAAUUGGCUCGUGAAUUACAAUAUUGAAAACAUACCUGCUCUUCCUUACGGCGAGUACAGAGCGGAUGCAUCAUUUAUGAAAAUCCAUCAAUACAAUAGGAGAGAGCUGAUAUCCUGUACCAGAGCCUACGGUUCUGUAACUCCAAAAAUACCCACAAUCCAGAAGAAGAUUUCUUCCUCUAAAUUCAACAACACAAUGCAGUGAACAAUGUCACUGAAUGGAUCUGCAGUGGAUGUAAACUGAUAU